AUGGCUUUGUUGAACCCGACCUUCGUCUUCGGCAUAUUCGUCCUGCUCUAUCUCCUCUCGUUUGUUCUCUUUGCCCUGAUCCGCAUCGUCACCGGCAUAUCAAUUCAGCGAAUCGGCUACUUGUCUCUCCGGAGGCUCGCCUAUACACCAAAAGAUGGAUGUCGAGUGGAAAUUCGGGGGCUGGGAUUUUCGGUCCAUCGGCCGACAUUUGCACAGCCAACAUGGCUGAGCUUGGUUCUGACCGACCUUGUCGUUACAUUUGAUGUUCAAGAGCUGGAGGGAGCCAAACCUCCCACCAUCGUGGUGGAAGAAGAGAGCGAUGGCGCCGAGGAAACUUCUACUAGCAAGCCGGCUCUCAAGCGCCGCCGAAGUGUUGCUCCAAAUACUCGAAGCGAAGCCUGGAAGCGACUUACCAAGAUCAAGGAAAAAUUCAAGAGGCUCCAUCGCAAGGUCAACUGGCUGAGUAUGGUGGAUGUUGUCGCCAGUAACUCGACAAUUAACGUUGUAGAUGUGGGACAGUUGCAGCUGGGUAGCCUCACCCUCGCUGUUGACACAAGGUCAAAGACUGCAGAUCGAGCUCGAUAUUUUUUUCAGAGGCCUGAAUCGAGGAAACGAGAACGCCAGGCGGAGUGGAUUUUGUCAAUUCGCAGUGUUCUUUUUACAGCCGAUGGGAAGGAAUCCUUGGAGGUCCUGGACCAUGCUCAACUGAACAUACACGGGUUCCUUUAUGAAUCAAAGGAGGGUUUGCGAGAUGCGUCGCUCGCGCUCAAGCUUGGUAGGCUCCACAUCCCAUACGACGACAUGAAUUUCUGCCUCUUGCGAUACAAACAAUAUCGGCAAGAGUCGAAGCCAAACAUAAUUGAAGAUCCAAUGGAUGAGUUCUUGGACCAUGUUAUCCAGGAAACUGUCGAGCCUGGAAGCUCCAAGGACGAUGACUUGAUCCGAACAGUGUCCGACUCAAAGGAGUUCGUCAGCUCUAUUCUCCGAGGCAUCAAGGAAGUUCAAUUUGCUGUUAGUUUUCUCGGCCUCACUAAGAACAUUGAAUCUGUCAAACCGGGUUCAACUACUUUACAACUUACUGCUGCGAUGAAGGAGGUUGGAAUCGAUUUACACCGGUUAGACCCCAAGUCAGCAGCACAUCGGAUGUACUUCCCUUCCACCGACAUAGCCCACGAAGCCCUGGCCGCAGCGCUCUCCAUCUCAGUAGGGCUGGACGAUGGACGUGGGGAGCCCGAUCGUCUUUUGUAUGUGCCCAUGGCAACCACGACUGUCCGCACAACUUUACCGUCAAAGACCAUGGAGCUAGCUCAAGACCGCAGCGUGGAGGAGCGAAACACCAAUAUUGUAUUCGCAAAUUCGGUUAUUACUUCUCCAUCACUCGAUAUUGACCCUCGCCAUUUACCAAUACUCAUUGCUCUCUUACGACCUAAAGCAAAACCCCAAAAAUCGUUACAAGAGAAACGCCGCUUUCUCAUCACACGACUACUCCCAAAGGCCAUCAACAAAAUCACAAUGCACGAGCCUGUUGUCCGUAUAAAGCUAACGCCACUGGGGACGACCGAAGACCCGGAAGACUUCGAUUUAAUCAUCUCCUCCAUAUCAUCCAUAUCUUUCGAUAUGGAAUCGUCUCACUCUCUCGUAGAAGACUCGCAUUAUUCUCUUAACGGCGCAUUGCGCCUACAAAAUCAUCACUUAUAUUAUCAGACUCAUUCAAGAGAGAGAUUCAAUCUGAUCACAACUGACGUCUUUGAUAUGAAACUCCAUCUUACUGCAAGUCCCGACGUCUCUGUCGAAGGUUCGGGAAGUGUGCAAUCCUUCUCCAUCAGUAUGGUCAGGCCUGAAAUCACGGACGGGCUACGGCAAAUUGUCAAGCAGCUACGGAUCGAUGUCGAACCCGAGAAGCGAGCAUCAUCUAAAACGAGCAAACAUGGCAAUUUCCUUCGAUCAGCUCCUCAAUGGCUAAGACACUGGUCGUUCGAAGCUACAGACUUGAAUGUUGAGGUUGCGGGCAUUGAUGAUGAGAUUUCGGAUGAUACAAGAGGCGUCUUUAUCCAUUGGGAUGCUCUAUCAGCGGAAUACAGAGAGAGUAAGUUAGAGGGUCCACAACUACGACCUGCAAGAACUCGAACACACAGCAGGUCUAUUACGACCUCAGACUCGGAUAUGGGACCAACUUCCCAGCCUUCACGGUCUAGACUAAGACAACAUAAAGUCGGUGAUGGUCGUCGACUUGUUUUCUAUGCUCGGGGCAUGGAAGGCCAAAUCAUUGAAAGUGCAGAGUCUCUCGAGAUUGAGCCGUUCAUGACCGUUCCCCGGCUGGAACUUAGCUUUUCGGCAGCGUCAGAUGCACACGGUCCCAUGUUUCACAUUCAAGCAUCAGUGCGGACAAUCAUGUUACACUACUCUCUAUACCGACACUAUUCUAUAGGAGUGGCCACGAUGAUACUUCGGAAGGCGUUCAUGAAGACCGGACAAGAUAUCCCCAGGGCCAAACAAUAUAGUACUUCGCAUCUCGCUAAUCGUCUCGCUCCGCCUUCAACGCCAGGUCCAUUCACCGACGCCGAUAUCUUUUCCACUAUCACCCCUGAAUUGGUAACAGCAGAUCUGAAGGUUUCACUUGUCCAAGUGAAGGCCGAAAUGCCACAUGAGCCGACCAUGAUGUUGCAAGUGUUCGGCUUAGAAGGCGGCCGCCAUAGAUGGUCAACACCCUACUUGAUGUCCAGGCUUGUUCGACUCUACGUACAACCUCCUCGGAUGCAUCACGUAUGGGCAAGAAUGGUCAGCAUCAAAUCCUGCAGAAUAGAUCUGCGCGAAACGAAGCAAAAGACGGCAACUGGAGUCGUGGAAGAAAAGAUGAUUGACUUCCUCAGCGAAAGCAUGCGAAUUGCUGUGCCGCACGAGGUCAUUGUUAACCAAGUGACGGACAAUUGUGUGAACGUCGCAAAGGCAGUUCAACAAUUACAUCAUCGUUUCAAAACAGGAACCAAUGAAUACAUCCUAGAGAAGAAACCAGAGGGGCCCAAACGUGUGCCAAAGGUUUCCCUUCGCGCCCGCAAUUUUGUUUUCGAACUCGAGGAUGGAGCAUUUGAGUGGAAACUUGGCAUGAUAUACCGAACUGGCCGUAUUGAGCAGAUUCAACGAAUUGCACGAGACGAAGCAUUCAAGGCGAAGAUUAACAGAAUCCACGAGGAUGAAUCGAGAAGAGGAAGCAACAAAGGCCGCGCGAGAUCUCUCUAUCAACGCGGUAGGAGCGAUCAGCCCUCAUCCUCUUCAUGGUUCAGAAGUCGCAGUGCUGAUGCCAUGUCAUCCACGAAUAAUACCCACGCCCCAUCAAAGCCAAGACUCCCUCGCUAUAAUCCAGACGCCGAAACGAUCGGUAUAAGUGGACAUGCCAAGAUCAACGAGGAGGACGCUCGGUAUCAUCUUGACAUGUUCAAUGCCCAGACGUGGAAGAAGCGUAUCGAUAGAGCUGUUGAUUUAGCACAGCGAAGAACAAAAGAACAACGACGAGCCUUCUGGGGUGCCACGAGUGUGCCGGAGGAUGUUGACGAAGAAGAGGAGAUCCUCGAAGUUCCUCAGCGGCCUGCGCUCAUGUCCACAUCCAUUACUGAUCUUCACGUUGUCAUUGAUAAGCCGACAUUCCCAAUAUCGGAGCUCCCCGAUUUCCUCCAUAAAGUUGGGAAGGGCAUGCCCAAGGAUAUGAAGUACGGUUUGCUAGUACCAAUGCAUCUUGCCAUCGAAAUGGACGAGGCUCGCGUGGACUUGCGAGACUAUCCCUUGCCACUGCUGCAUAUCCCAGCAUUGAAAACUGGGCAGUCACCCAGGCUCAGUUCCGUAUCCCUGAGGACCAACCUUGUCAUUGCUGAGGAAUACCGAGGUGCAGAGUCCACUCGUAGGGUCAAGGUAAACAUCGUCCCGCCCAAAAACCCCAACGCUGAGGCACCGAACAAGGGAAGUUUUGCGAUUGAAGUUCGGCGGACGAUUGGCCCGAUCAAGUCCUUCUCAGAUGUCUAUAUGGAUAUCAACACCGCCCUCCCUACCAGAAUCAGCUGGGGACCUUGCUACCAGCCUGCCAUACAAGAUAUGAUGAUGGUCGUUGAAUCGUUCACGAAGCCCCAGAUCGACCCUUCUGAGAGGGUAGGGUUUUGGGAUAAACUUCGUUUGGUUUUCCACUCACGUAUCCAUGUUGCUUGGAAGGGCGAUGGCGAUAUGCAUCUUGCCUUGAAAGGGACCCGCGACCCCUAUUUAGUUACCGGCAAUGGCGCUGGUUUCCUUAUGUGCUGGAGAAACAACAUCAGAUGGAAUAUAAAUGCGGAGGAUGACCCAAAACGUUUCAUGACCGUGGAUAGCGGCGAGUAUGUGCUCGCCGUGCCCGACUAUGCACACGAAAUCCGAGAUAGCGCCCGAAAGGAGGAUGGCAUUCUAUCUGUCCUCUCCGACGAAGCAAUCAAGUCGGGCGCUCUAUUCAAAAAGGUGGUCAUGAAAUUGUCAGGCAAGGUCCAAUGGAUGUCUGGUCUGACUUUUGAACGCGCAAUCGAGAAUGGCUCAAGGAGUUUCGAGUUCAAGCCUCACUACGAGAUUGUUCUCAAGAGCCCCCAAUAUGCCAAGCCUCGGGAUGGCCUGCCUUACGACUCCAUGCGAGGAUUCAGAAGUCGUCAUAUUCAUCUAUCGAUUGCCGUGCGUGCGCCAGUUGAUCGUGACUGGCUAUCCGAGAACACGGAGCCAUCUAGGAGUUACAACACCGUCCACUUAACACCAAGAUUCUUCACACAUUUCUUCGCGUGGUGGGGCCUGUUUGGUUCUCCCAUGUCCUUACCCAUUCGCCAAGGUAAUCUUUUCCCAGGCCGCGAAAAGAACAGCAAGAAGUUCGGACGACACUUGGCCACCGUCAAAUAUAACCUGCUUCUAGCACCCUUGUACCUGAGCCACAUUUAUAAGCACAAGGAUGUUCAGGACCAUACUGAAGAUGCUGUAUCUGCAACAGGGCUCAAGGUUCGCUUUGAUAGCUUCAUGCUUGAUCUGCACCAAAGACGAGAGGAGUUCAACACUCUUGGUCGAGGGAGGAAUAUGGAGGGGCGGACCUCUGGCAUUAAAAUCCAUGCCGCCCAACUCGAUCUUGUCAACGCGGAUCUACGGGCUGUCUCAGCAAGUUUGAAAGGCACAACCACAGAAGCACUCAAAAAGGGAACCCUUUCUACACUCACCAGUGAUCAACACGAUAAACCUGACCUAUCUCGCUUCACGAUACCUGACAAGGAUUACAGCUGGAUUGACAUGGAUGACUUUGUGGAGCUUGAUUGGAUUCUUCCCACUGAAGGGUAUCCUGAGACAAAGAUUUUGCCACUGGCAUUUGCUCCUAGGUUGACUUACUUCCGUCAAACUGAUAUAGGCGGCACCAUUUCUGGCGAUCCCUCCAGGACAAGUCCUUUCGGUGACGAGCCAACACAUUUCUGUAUCAUGAGUCAUGAUGACGACCCGAAGAAAGUGCAAGCAAAGCUGAUCAAGGAAAGGCUCGAGCAGCUUGAGGUUCAGAUGACGGCACAUGCUCGAAAUGUUGGAGAGGCAGAGUUGAGGCUUGUUAAAACAGACACAUCAGAUCCAGAGGCUAUCGGCGAAUUCGAUACUCUCCGAAAACAUGGUGGUGUUUUGCAAGAGAAAGAGGCAUUCCUUAGGGGGAUGCUAGACCAGGUAUCUGAGAAGAAAGGGGCAGCCUCAAUCAAGUCCCGACGAAGCUACAAGAGUCACCAAAGCCAGAAGAGUCAUAAACGGUCCUCUUCUAGAGGCACGACGCAAUCUAAGCUGCAUAAGAUUGAUGAGGAGAUGAACAUCCCCAACACUGCUGAAUUUGAGAGCGAGUUCAACAAUCGUUUUAUAUUGCACAAUAUGCAGUUGAAAUGGAACAACGAGCUAAGGAACAUUGUCUUGCGCUAUAUUCACCAGAACAGUCAGCGUCGAGGACUUAUUUACUACCUCUCCCGCCCUGCUGUAAAAUUCAUUCUGGACAUUGUUGAGGAACAAAGCAAGGCUAGGGAGUCGAAACCCGCAAAAUCAAAUCCCUCGCCAACGCCCGGCUCAAAGCCGAUGGAUAAAGAAACACCCCAGGAGGACAUUGAGGAUCGCAUCAAAAACAUCUUGGGGGAGGGCGGCAAGUUCCAGAGUGCCGGGUUCAGUAACAACUCGGACGGGAGUAUCAGCGGGACAAUCGAAGAUCUGGGCUUCGGAAUUUCCGAAGAGUUUAUCCCUCAAAGCAGCUACCAUGUUCGUCUCAUUGCCCCUCAGAUACAGUUGCAGAGCGAGAAGAACAAGAAGCACGUGGUCCUCAUCACUUCCAAGGGAAUGGAGCUCAAGGUUGUCGAGGUUAUGGACAAGGAGAGAAUAUCCGAUACCGUGAGUGGACUGGUUCAGAGGCGUUUCCUUGUCAACAUGGACAGCACCCAAUUCUUCGUCACGCACCACAAAUGGUUCGUGACGAAUUUGGUGUCCAUGUACGCAGGCAGCAGAUACGGCACGACUAUUGGCUCCGCAUGGCCUCCAUGGGUCCCCAUGGAAGUCAUGUUUGACUUCCAUACCGACCCCUUCGGCUUCAAGCGGGUAGUGGAGAAGACCUCAGCUAUGUUGAGAUAUGAUAAGUUCAACACUCUUCGUCUGAAGUUCAACGAUGAAGUGAAUGCCGAUGGGGCCGAUUCGGAGUCAAAGGAGGUGACCGAGAGUCGCACUGACAAUCUAUGGGUCGAGUUUCCUCAGGCCCGAGCACUCUGUAACUCAUCACAGUACUAUGCGUUGUAUGUCAUUGUCCUAGAUCUGUUGAUGUACAGUGAGCCACUUGAGAAAACAAGAAGCGAGCGACUAGAGAAGAUCAUGCUUGCUUCCGAUUUCAGCGACCUCAGCGGUGCCCCCGAGAAGAUUGAGCAGCUUCAAGAGCGUAUCAGACAAAUGGAGGAAAUCAAGUCACAUUUCCAGACCUACGCCAAGUACUUGGACGAGAGAGGAUGGGAAGACCGUUUGGCCCUGGAGAGAGAUCUGGCAGCGUGCGAGGAUGAACUCUUCUUCGUCAUGAAAGCCAUCACAAGUUCUCAACGAAAAUUCAAUGCAAACGAGAACACCAAUGCACUCUUGAAGUGGAGUAUUUCAGUUCGCGAUGUCGUCUGGCAUCUAAUACAAGAUUCUAAUGUCCCGCUUGUCGAACUGCAGCUGAAAGACUUGGAGUAUGAUCGGACAGACAACUCGGAUGGCUCCCACAUGAAUCUUUUCCGGGUCGGAAGAAUUCUUGGCCUGAACCUCCUUCCAGAUGCAUCGUACCCGGAGAUAAUUGCUCCGUACCAUACUAACGAGAAGGUCAAUGGCCACGAGCAUCCCCGAAAUGAGAUGAUCAGGGUAUACUGGUAUAUGCUGGAAGCUAUCGCGGGCAUUCCCGUGAUGGAUAGCUUCGAGGUCGACCUUUUUCCCAUGAAGAUCCAGCUGGAGCGCGAGGUUGGCAAGAGGCUUUUCGAAUACAUCUUCCCCGGUAUGGACGAGGACAGGGCCACGGGUUCGAAGACAGACGCCCAUAAUCUGUUCAAGCAGCAUCUAGCAGAACCUGUUGAAGACGAUGACGACUCAUUCGGCGGCUCAAACAGUCAAUAUAGCACCCCCACUGGCGACAAGGACUCCUCUGGAUUCUCAACUCGUGCGGGCUCUCUAGAACUCCGGCUCCGACCAACGCUGAGCUCAAAUACGCCAGAGCGCCACACUAAGAAGGCCUUGACGAUAAAUACUGGCGAGGGUCACGGCUUACGCCUUUUCCGGGGUGGUGGGGCGAAAUCCAUACACAAGAAGGCAUCCUACGAUUCGCUUCGACCGAGCCUUGCUCCUAAAGGCGGGCCUUCUAUCAGCCGAAGCAUGACGGCGUCCAGCCAGGCAACGAGUUCAAAUGGCGAUGCUAAGAAGCGAUUUGGCCUUCGAGUACGAGGCGCAGGUGAUGACAGGCAGCCUCACUCAGAUGAUCUGACAAAGAUGAUCUCCCGUGCGAGCAACUACAUGACGUUUGCCUACAUUCGAAUGCCAUCUGUGGUGCUCUGUUUAAGCUACAAGGGCAAGGACCAGCGCAAUUUUGAGGAUGUACACGACUUUGUGUUUACCAUGCCAACAAUUGAAUGGCAAAAUAAGACAUGGUCCAACCUCGACCUAGCCCUUGCCGUCAAGAGAGCUGUUGUGAGAGCAUUGAUCUCCCACACGGGCGCCAUCAUCGGGAAUAAGUUCUCAAAACAUCGGCCAAACGCAGAGCAGCGUCACAAGUUGCGUGAGCUGGCGAAUAGCUCUGUUCUUAUUGCUCCCUCCUCGUCCUCGGCCUCUCAACACUACGCCAGGAGUCUCAACGACAGUGAUGAUUCGUCCAGCAUGUAUGGGCAGUCGCCAGUUGACUUUUCUCGAUCACCACCGCGAUCCCUUCGCGGCAGCACACAUGGAAGCACUCACGGCAGCACCUAUGAAGGCCUGAGUCAACCACGUUCGCCAAGUCGAAGCAGUAGUGUUGUUAGCGCCAGAUCUCUGAAGACCAAGUCUGGGAUCCCAGUCCCGACCUUCCUGACAAUGACUCCACCAACGCCAACUGAUGGUCCAAGUGAGGGACCUCAUAGCUUUGGAAUAGACAUCCUAAGAAGGAACACUGGCGGACCUACAAACUCACCACCUCGUCGCACGAAUACGAGAGGACGUGACCCAACCGAGAGGCCACGUACUAGCGCUAGCAAUAGCACUACAGAGCGAAAGAAGAGCGGAGCUACUAUCAUCAAGGAUAAACUCAGUGCUUUGACGCACCGCAUGGGUCAUCGCGAGAGUAGUCAUAUUCCACAUCAGCAAUUUUACCAGCAACACGACCAUAUGCAGGACCAACAGGAAGACUUGGACGAUGACGACGAGGAUUUCUAUGACGAGGAUGAGGACAACAGCUCGAAGCUGAUAGCUGCGAAGAGGCUUAACUGGGGUCCAGGUCGAAUCAAAACGGGUUAG